CUCGUGCGGGGUACGGGCGGGGGGACCAUCUCGCUGCGAGCCGCCCCGCGCCCGGCCCCUCCCAGCUCCUCCUGCGCUCUUCUCGUCUUGGGAACCCGUGGCUCCGAGGGGUCCCCGCCGGCGGCCGCCCUCACCGGGGAAAGUCCGGGCUCGGCCGCUCCAGCCGGUGUCCGUCCGUCCGUCCGUGUGUGUGUCCGUGUGUGCGUGUGCGGGGCGCGAUCGCACACUCAUGAACAUACACAGGUCCACCCCCAUCACGAUAGCCAGGUAUGGGAGAUCGCGGAACAAAACCCAGGAUUUCGAAGAGUUGUCCUCCGUGAGGUCCGCCGAGCCCAGCCAGAGUUUCAGCCCGAACCUCGGCUCCCCGAGCCCGCCCGAGACUCCGAACUUGGCGCAUUGCGUCUCCUGCAUCGGCAAAUACUUACUGCUGGAGCCCCUGGAGGGGGACCACGUUUUCCGCGCCGUGCAUCUGCACAGCGGAGAGGAGCUGGUGUGCAAGGUAUUUGAGAUCAGCUGCUACCAGGAAUCUCUGGCCCCGUGCUUUUGCCUGUCUGCCCAUAGCAACAUCAACCAAAUCACCGAAAUCCUCCUGGGGGAGACCAAAGCUUACGUGUUCUUUGAGCGGAGCUAUGGAGAUAUGCACUCUUUCGUGCGCACCUGCAAGAAGUUGAGGGAAGAGGAGGCGGCCAGACUGUUCUACCAGAUCGCCUCAGCCGUGGCCCACUGCCAUGAUGGCGGCCUGGUGCUGCGAGACCUCAAGCUGCGGAAAUUCAUCUUUAAGGAUGAGGAGAGGACUCGGGUCAAGCUGGAGAGCCUGGAAGAUGCCUACAUUCUCCGGGGAGAUGACGACUUGCUGUCUGACAAGCAUGGCUGUCCUGCCUAUGUCAGCCCAGAGAUCUUGAACACCACUGGCAGCUACUCAGGCAAGGCGGCGGACGUGUGGAGCCUGGGCGUGAUGCUCUACACCAUGUUGGUGGGGCGUUACCCUUUCCAUGACAUUGAGCCCAGCUCCCUCUUCAGCAAGAUCCGCCGUGGCCAGUUCAACAUUCCAGAGACUCUGUCGCCCAAGGCCAAGUGCCUCAUCCGAAGCAUCCUGCGACGGGAGCCCUCCGAGCGACUGACCUCGCAGGAAAUUCUGGGCCACCCUUGGUUUUCUACAGAUUUUAGCGUCUCAAAUUCGGGAUACGGUGCUAAGGAAGUGUCUGACCAGCUAGUGCCAGAUGUGAACAUGGAGGAGAACUUGGACCCUUUCUUUAACUGAGCUCAUGUGGUCCAUGGAGACUUGGCAGGUACCAGGAGUGAGAGAGGGCCCCACAAAGGAGUUCUUCCGGGGACACCAAUGGCCUGGCUGGGCAGCCAGCCAGCCAGCCAGCCAGACACUCGCACUCAUACGUUUCUUGGUUCCGAAGAGGAAAACUUUGAAGUUGCUGAUUAAACAUGUAGCAUUGGGGCGAGAGAUGUCAUGGGGCAGGGGCUGGAGUCGGGUGGGUGGAAGCCCCGGUUGUAGCCUGGGAGACUCCCCCUCCUGCCCUUUACCAGUUGGGCCCCUCCCACCGACCCCACUUUUCAUUUUGUUCAGAUAGUUGCAGAUCUUGAUAGAAUUCAAAACUCUCUGCCUCAAAGACACAUCUUGGCAUUGCACUGUUAGCAUUUAACUUUCGUUAUGAUUCAGGGAAGGAACAAUUGGCUGAGGAUUUUUGUUUCGUUUCGUUUCGUUCGUUUGUUUUUGAAACAAGCCAACCACCUAUGCGGUAGAUAAUUUCACUAGAAAAUAAUCGGAAAAUAAUUCGGUGCACACAGACUGAUCGGCAACCUGGGUGCUAAAUUAAAACAAAACAGAAGUUCAGUUGGUGUCUCUUAAUCUCCCUCUUCAACUCAUUUCUUCGAAAUAAACGAUUCACUAUCCUGGUUAGGAAAUGGCAUGCGAGUGCUUUCUCCCUACAGGACACAACUCUGUACUAGUCACAGACUGUUCUGUUUGAUUUCAGUUGGUUUGUGGCAGGAAGCUAUUAGAAGUCGAACUUCGAGAUGCAUUACGGUAUCAUGCCCUAAAGGGGAAGUAGAAGGAGAAUUCUAGCUCCUUGUUGACUUUGUUCUUUUGAACGAUGAAACUCUCCUCUUGGCUCGCGUGAGAGGAGAGCCGCAGAGGGCAGUGAGCUCCGGGAGUCUGACGCUUUGGGGACAUUCUAAUCUCAAACUAAACAUUUUGUCUUUGUUUUAUAGGAAACUAGUGAAACCAGGCAGGUUGUCCCACAUGUAUAAAAUACAGGGCAGCUAUUUAGUUUUCUUUAACGAAGAAUGAUCCUUUGGCUUGGAAGGCCCUCUGGUUAGGACAGAAAAAGCGGGAAGGAUAAUAAGCUGAAAGCUAGGGUGAUAUAAAUACACAAACAGUUAUCUAUAUCCCAAUACGCACCUUUGUGUUUUCAAGAACUCUUCUAUUUAUUAAGGAAAAUGUCACAUUGUGAUGUAUUAACUAUAAGCCAGUACUUCAAUUACGGGUCGACUUGGGAUGACAUGUUACAUGCUGUAGUUAACAUUUUAUAAUUUUUCUCCCCUUGUUUGGAGUAUUUCUGUCCCUAAAAAUAACCUUUUUAUUUGGCUUUUCUAGAUAGCUUUAUUUGAUUUCGAGUGGCAAAAAUGUUUUUCUUUUUAAUUAUUAUUAUUGUUAUUAUUAUUAUGGCUUUUUCUAUUGCUGUAUGAUACAGAACUCUUCUGGCAUAAAUAUUUGUGUUUCUAGUACCUCAGUUGUUCGAAUUUUACUGCCUGUAUAUGUUCUGUGAAAUGGUCCUGUUUUUUGGGUAGGUAUCACGUGGACUCUAGUAUGUAAAUGUUACUUGAAUUUGUGCUUCAUUAUAGUGCGUGGCAUGUAUGUGCAGAAUCUUGGAUGCUUCACCACGCCUGCUUAGUCGGAGUCCCCGUCCCAGGAGGGCAGCUUCCGUAUUCAUGACCACGAGACAAGGCAACCAUGGAUUUACCCUGGAUUCUAUUUUGGUAAUGGAAGAGAGAGAGGAGAGAGGGUUUUUACAUUCUGAAGAUGGUGCUGUGUCAAGAAGGACCUUUCUGUUUCCCUUCCCUCUCCCCCUAUUUUUUAAGUACCUGGUAGGAGAAAGAUGGGUGAUGUGCAUGGUGGAUCUAUGGCCUCUGGUGCUUUGUCCUGUAUUUGGUUUAAUGUUUUUGUCCUAAUCUCUUCAAUCAAUAAAAUUGUGCGUAUUUAACUAAAA